AUGGCCACAGCAGGAGGAGGAGAAGAAGCGACAGCGCAACAUAUAUUACGUAUUACUGACAUCAUCGAUGAGCCACUUCAAUUUAUCGCACCCAUUGGUGGUUAUGAAGAAAUGCCACUGGUUCCACUUGAAAAAGCUGUCGAACCACUUGUUUCUAUUCUACCAGCUGUACAAAGUAAUGCAUAUGUUGCCAAACAAAGAUGUGAGAAUCCUGCCGAUGGAUUGACACAAGAUGAAUCUGCCUCAAUCAUGUUAUACACUAUGGGCUGGAAGCCACUUGAUAAAUGUCUGUAUGUCGCUUUGAACAAUGCAUUAAGAUCCCCAGAUCGUCAGCAAAGUCUUGAACCAUGGUACUUAUUUCUGAGGCUGUUUCUUAAUGCGCUCUUCCGUCUCCCGCCACUACCGAAAACUGCAUAUAGGGACAUCAAAUUAGAUCUAAGCGAGCGUUAUACGAAAGGGAAAACAAUCGUUUGGUGGGGAUUUUCAUCUUGCACAACAACUAUUGGUGUUUUAAAAUCAGCACUAUUCUUGGGAACGACAGGGGCUAGAACGAUGUUUACUUUACAAUGUCUAUCAGCUAGAGACAUUCAAAAUCAUUCAUACUUUCCAGCUGAGGAUGAAGUGCUUCUUAUGGCCGCAACGCAAUUUAAAAUAGUCAGUUCUCUUGAUCAAGGUGAUCUUCAUAUGAUUCAAUUGGAAGAAACUACGCCACCUUUUCCACUUCUACAACCGGUACCUAUUGUUGGUUCAUUGCCAAUUCUUUCCAAUCCACCUGAUGAUUCGAAAACGACUUCGUUUCACAUAAGCAAAGAAAAAUCAAAACCACAUUCAAACAAAUCUCAAAUUGAUACACAUGGAGCAGCUGCCAGUACUAGCGAAAAGACAGGAAUAAAUUCGAUCACUGGCCAAAUGUCUGAUGUAAAAAUUAGUGCUUCAAUUAAUGAAGGUAAUAUAUUGCUGUUUUAUUGUCUUGAUUAG